CCAGCUUGCAAAACUUGGAAGUAGGCUUUAGAAUGUGUCUAGCACCAUGUUCACGUGAUAUGCUAUAAUAAAGCCCUUUUGUAUUCUUAUCAUACUCCUUCCUAUCACAAUUCCUAUAUAUCACCUCUCACUUCUUCUUCUUACAAUCACUCCAUUCUACACUCUAAUUCCCUUUUUCUCCAUUUCUUUCUCUUUGUAAUUACUAAGAGAAAAACAUGGAGUCCUCAUCAUCAAAGUUCUAUGCUUACCUCAUCAUUUGCAUGCUCUUCAUCUCUUCAGCUACACCAAUUCUUGGUUGUGGCACUUGUGGAAAACCCCCUAAGAAACACAAGCCAGGUAAAAAACCAAUUGUGAAACCACCAAUUGUGAAACCACCUGUUACAAUUCCUCCAACAUUGCCUAUUCCUCCAGUUCUUCCACACCUUCCAAUCCCUCCAACUUUGCCUAUUCCUCCAGUCCUUCCACACCUUCCAAUCCCUCCAACUUUGCCUAUUCCACCAACUUUGCCAAUUCCUCCAACUUUGCCUAUCCCUCCAACUUUGCCUAUUCCACCAGUCCUACCACACCUUCCAGUCCCUCCAGUGCUUAACCCGCCAAGCUCAGGAGGGAGUACUCCUAGUCCUACUAGUCCAUGUCCACCAAAAAAUAAACCGGCGAAAGACACAUGUCCAAUUGACACUUUGAAAUUGGGUGCUUGUGUUGAUUUGCUUGGUGGUUUGGUUCACAUUGGACUUGGUGACCCUGUUGUGAAUAAGUGUUGUCCAGUUCUUCAAGGACUUGCUGAAAUUGAAGCUGCUGCUUGUCUUUGCACUACUCUUAAGCUUAAACUUUUGAACCUUAACAUUUAUGUUCCACUUGCUCUUCAGCUGCUUUUGACUUGUGGGAAAACUCCUCCUCCUGGUACACUUGCUCCCUCUAAACCAGUGAAUGGAUUGAGGAAUAUAUGGUUGAAAUCGACAUGAGAGGAUGUCGAGCCAUUCUCUCUCUUCUCUCUGGAUUGUUGUUUGUUUGGCUAUUAAUUAUUUGUAAAACCAUUUGUUUUUAAUUGAGAUCAAUGUUGCAUGUAUGUUUAAUCUUAGGCAAGUAAAGUUGCAGCAAACAUGCUUCUAUGUAACCUUUUAAAAUUAUUCAUUUCAUUUGUGUUUUGGUGAAUAUUGAACUGAUUCGAGCUUCUAGUAUUAUAUAUAUUAUUUGUUUCAA